AGGACAAGAUGACUCAUUAAAAUAGCGUUACUGGUCACUCUCUCCAGGCGCCGCUCUCUCUCUCUCUCUGAAUGGUGAGUCAGUUUCACCACUCAGAGCAUCAAAUUCGCCUGACCUUCACCCUUGCUUAAUCUCUUCCCCCUAUAAUACAUCUCCCAUACUAGAGAAGACUAGAGAUAGCAAAAAAAAACACAGUCAAGAUGGAGACAAGAGAAUUCCCUGCAUGGCUCGAGGUUUUGCUAAAGGAGAAGUUUUUCAACGCUUGUUUGGACCAUGAAGAAGAAAAGAAGAACGAGAAAAACAUCUUGUGUAUCGACUGUCGUCUUAGCAUCUGCCCUCACUGUCUCCCUUCACACACCUCUCAUCGUCUUCUUCGGAUCAGGAGGUAUAUGUACAACGACGUUUUGAGGGUAGACGAUGGUUCGAAGCUAAUGGACUGCUCUUUGAUUCAGCCAUACAAAGUGAACAGUUCGAAAGUUGUGUUCAUCAAUGAAAGGCCUCACUCGCAAUUUCGUGGUUCCGGCAACUAUUGCAGCACUUGUGACCGGUCUCUUCAGUCUCCUUACCUCUUCUGCUCUCUCUCCUGCAAGAUAAGUGACGUCAUAAUAGGACAAAGAGGACUUUCGGGGUUUAUCCGCGUCUGCAACUCUCUUAACUUAACCGACGAUGAGAAUGGAGGAGUUGACAUGUUCUUGUGUCAGGCGCUCGCUUGCACCGCUGCAACUGAUAUCGUUCGCAAGAAGAGAAGCAGCUUGACUACGACGACUUGCCGGAUAGUCACCACCGCGGUUUCCUCGGCUGAUAUAGAAGCUCCGGCGAACUUUUUAAACCGGCGAAAGAAUAUGCCGCCGCAACGAGCUCCGCUCUAUUAGGGCCGUAGGUUUGGUCCAAGUGAUAUAAAGUUGGAUGAAUACACGUAACGUAACAAUUUUAGUCUAAUUAUGUUUUUCUUUUGUGUUUAAAAAAAGGGUCUAAUUAUGUUUUUUUUUUUUUUUUUUUUAAACUCAACGACAACUUUUCAUUAGCCAAAAGUGAA